UAUAGGCCUAACCGGAAAUAUACAUUACACAUGUACCAGGUAUGAAACAGUAAAGCAGGUAAUCAUUAGGCCCGAUAACGGACAAUAUACGGUGUGCAUGGAUAAUAGGUGAAUUCUUAUCAGACAACACUUAUAAGGAACCAUUGAGAUCCAGUAAACGACUUCUAUCGGAAUGGGGAAUACAUGUAGUGAGGUACUCACAUCAGUUGUGGUUCUACCUAUCACGGCGGGGAACUAUCGGAGGCGACAGAAUGGCUCCCGAUACUACGACGGUACCCUAUCAUCCAUUGUUUUCUUCCUCAUCUUUCUUGCUGUCAUCAGCAUAUUGACCUUCAGCAAGGAUAUUGAUAUUGGCCGACACAGGCGUCUGGGUUUCGUUCUAGUGUUACUAGCCGUGAUCAUGAUCUUUGGAAUGGUUGCAUGUGCUGUCCUCGGGUGUUUCAUAAGAAUAUACGGACUUGACAGUGUCGUGUUGAGAAGACAAGAGAGAAGCGUUACCAAGCUACAGUUGAUCUUCCUGUGGAUAUUUGGAAUAGUUUCCGGCUUGUUUCCAGCUUUUCAUGCAGGACAGCAAUUCCAAUGUCAUGUCUUCAGCCCAUAUAUCAACGGAGAGGCUGGAUUUUUCUGGGAUUCUAGAGUCGUGUUCAAUGUUAUAAUGAUGUUUUAUUUACUCACGGAAAUGGUUUUCGUCACUUAUUUUGUUCAGUUUCAACUAAAACAUUCUACAACUGCCCGUUACGUGUUAUUUACUCUGGCGUGUGCGAAUAUUUCCGAAUGGUUACAUAGCAUCAUCAUAGACGACUUCUCUGAAAAUAUUUUAUACAAUUAUUUCGGCAACAAAAGUGAUAUACCUGCCUGUAUGCAAAACGAAACAAUUGGAAUGCUUCUCGACAAAUCAAAACCAAUUUUGGGUCCGUGUUUGCUUGAGUUCUGUUUGUUGUCUACAACGAUGCUAUUUGAGAUGUGGUCUCCAAAUACUUUACAGACCUCCUCUGCAGAGACCUUCUCAGGAGACGACUCUCGAACGUAUCAGGACAAUGUGGAAUCUUUAAAUGAAACAGAACUGAGUCAGCUCUUAGGAAACACUACUACAUAUCACGAAACCAGUGUGUCUAGAAACGUCAUCACCCGAACAGUAUAUCAUCUCGUUGUCCUUGUUCUAAGUAUUGUUAUUACAAUAGGAAACGUUAUUGGUUAUGUACUUUGGGUGAUGCACCCGGGUAGUUCACAGAUGCGACUGGCAAUGGAACAAUUUAGUUUAGCCGAAUAUGCUACCACGAUUGGAGCAAUCUUCAUUGGAUUUUAUUGUCUAGUUCAUUAUUGUACACCAGAUAGGGAACCUAAACCCCUUAAGGUCCGUGAGUACGUUUACCUGUCGUCUGCUUUUGCUUUGAUCAUGAUGGCCGUUAGUGAAAUUUUAACAGGUAAUCUGUUGUCAGAUAGCACUUCGGAGUUGACAAUGACUUCGCACAUCUUAGGAAUCGUACAAGUUUAUCUGCAAGUUGUGUUUCUGCUUCAUGCCAACAGAUGUCAAAAAUCAAACCCACAUUUACACAUCCACGUACUGGAUUGUGUGUUGAUAUUCCUUACAGUUAUCAAUAUUAACUAUUGGAUCGUAGACAGCUUCAUAAAUACGUCAUUUCCAGACAUCAGGAAUGUUGAACAGGAUGUCCUUGGGAGCACUCUAUGGAAUCUUCACCAUAGAAUACUAUUACCGGCUGGCGUGUUUUUCAGAUUUUCGUCGGUACUUGAGCUGUUUACAACACUUAAGGUCUAUAGCACUGUAUAAAUAGAAAAUAUACCGCUUUCAAUAUAAUCACAACUUCAGUCCCUGUUUUCACCAAAAAUUAUAUGUAAUUGAGAAUACACAAGUACAUCAUAUGCCUUUUGCUGAAUACCAUAGUUACUAAGUUAAAUUUAUUGUGUUGGGUAUACAAGCAUGAGGUCUUAGAUAUGAUGUGUAUAAAUCAUUGCUUUUACUUCUAAUGAUCCUCGUACCCCUGCCAAAAACUGUAACAAAGUGAUGGAAAGUUCCAGACCAGAAUAUAGCUUUGAUAAAUGAUUUCAAUAAAGAAACCCAUACAUUGCGGGAUUUGUAUGAGAAAUAAUGAAGAUAAAAUACACAAAUAAACAACAGUGUUCUGAGCUGAACGAAUUCAGCAUGGCUAGACGUGGGUUUAAACAUUGGAAUUCAGAUUGCUAUUUCGUCUUUUCGUAUUGCAGAGUUAUCUGCUCUUGUG